CAACAUACCGACAUUGUGAUGUCAGACAGCCGUUCAGAAUCAAAUGAUACACUAGAAGAGUCCGCAAUACACGAAAAGAACGAUGACUUGGAACGGGUCGUAUUUCAGUGCAGUCAGUGCAAUUCGAUCGUCGGGGAUUCGUCGGCGUGGACAGGUUCCAAUGAAAUACUACGUACAAUCAGCCUAAAAUAUGUUAGCAAGAAAGUGGAAGUAAAAGACAGGUUGAUCACUUCAAAAAUAGGCACAGAUUUGGGAAGUACAUAUAAUACACUGCAGUGUGAAGUGUGUAAGGGAGAUUUGGGACGCCUGUACAGAACUACCCCUGGAAAUCUGGAUCAUAUGCGAGACGUCUACACGCUGUAUGUGGAAAAAAUCUCCAGCUACACUUUUGGAAGUUGUAACCAGGAAGAUGAUGUGAACAUCAAUGACCUUGUCACCUUAACCAAUGUCAAAGAGCUUUUAAAAGAACUCAAAAAGCUUCAAACUGUUAUUGUGAGUUUGGAUCACAGAGUGGAGAUUUUGGAAUCAAGUGCGCAUAUUUCAGAGGUAGAAAAUCACCCUCUGAUAGCCAACAGACUAGAUGCAGAAAUUAUCAGAGAAAAAAGACCAGGGAGUGAUAUAAUGAGAGGAAAUAGGAUGGAUACAGACAUGACACAGUCCAAAAGAAUGGAGAAAGAAAUUCAACGAGGAAAGAGAAUGGAAAAGGAAUUGGUGAGAGGUAGCAGAAUGGACAAAGAAAGUGUCCGAGGUAGCAGAAUGGAUACAGAAACAGCCAGAUAUGAUAAUGAAGGGAUGGCGCCAGAGCCUUUACACUCAGAUAGACGAAGUGAUAAGGUUUACAGAAAAAAUGGGCCACAACCAAGUGGGUUUAGGAAUUCCUUAAACAGUGUCAGCCCACCUAGCUCUCCUAACAAAGGUACUUACAAAAGAAAAAGAAUUGCUUAG